AUGAAAAAAAGAAUAAACGUAGCCAUCUUUCUAGCCCUUAUUAGUCUUCAUAUAGAAAACAACUUAGUAUCCAGUGAAGUUACAAAUAAACAGGGGAAUUUGCGAAAUGGCUAUAGUUUUAUGAAUUUUUUUUCAUCAAAUAAAAAUGAUGAUUUAGAAAAUGAAGACAAUGAAGAUCAAGAACUUCAAGGAAAUUCUGAUGACCUUGAAAUUUCUGGAUCAGAUGACAAUCCUCCCGAAGGUGAUUCAUUAACGAAGGAAAAUGCAAAUAGCACAGAUCAAGAAUCUGGAAAGCAAGCUGCAACUGGUGAUCAGCCGUCAUUGGUCUCUCAACAAGAGGAAUCUACGGGGAAAAAAGAUGGAGAACAAGGUGAAGAUGGAAAGCAAAAAGAACCAGUGGUAACAAAUGGUGAAGUUUCAUCACCAGGAACAGAAAAAGAAAAGGGAGCAGAAGAAGAAAAGGGGGGGAAAAAAGAAGGAGAUUCUACAGAUGAAACACAAGAGAACGUCAAAACAUCACAAAGUGGCGAAGGGAAAGAAAAAGAGCAAACUGCAUCAUUGCCAGUAGAAGGCAAGGAAUCAGCACAAGGAUUAAAUACAGCAUCAGAAACAGGAGAAAAAGCGGGACCAGAAGCAGGAACACAAGAAGGAACAGAAAAAAAAGUAGGAGGAACCCCAGAAACAGGAACAGGAGACGGAGUGGGAAAAGAAGGGUCACCAGGAUCUGAAUUACCCCCAAAAGAAGAACCUAAAGAGAAUGCAAAAGGAGUUCAAAAAGAUGGUAAUUUAAAGCCAACCGGAGAAGAAGGAAUUAGUGAGGGAUCUGAUAAGACACCAAAGAAAGAAGACAACCCAUCAGAUCCACAAAAAUUACCUGAAAAAAAGGAAGAAGACACACAAAAUAAAAAAGGUGGUGAUCAACCAAAUAAGAUUGAAGAAGGAAAAGAAUUACAAAAAGAAACACAAUCUACGGGAAAUGUUUCUUCAGAUCAAGCUCCAUCUCAGCCUUCAGUAGAGGAACAACCAGUAAAGCAACCACCUUCAGUAGAACCGCCAUCAACAGAGAAACCAGUAGAAAAGCAACAAUCAACUGAAAGUCCUACUAAUUUACCAAGUGGAAAUAUUCCAAGUGCGGAUGGAGAAAAUAGUAUUGAAAAAGGAAGUAAAUCUCCAAAUGCUGUAGAUGGAUCACCUACAAAAGCGUCUGGUGAAGAAAAUCACCUUAUGAUAGAACCAUUAGAAGUACCUGCUGGCACUGAUGAUUUUAUUCGUGAUAAUGACGAGGAAACAGAAGAGGAACAUGACAAAGAAGGAGAAGAAGAAGAAGAAGAUGAUGAUGAUGAUGAAAUUUUACUGGAUGUAUUAGAACAUGAAGAAGAAAAUGUGGAAGAAGAUGAUGAUGAAUUGAAUAAUGAUGAAGAUGAAACAACAGAAGAAACAUCCAACGAAAUAACAAGCGAAACUCCAGUUGUGCAAGAUGAGCAACCAAACGCAACAAACGAAUCAUCCCCUGCAGAGGGAGAAAAUGGUGCCCAAGAAAAAAAUUCAGACAAUUCAAGAGCUAAUGAAAAUAGUACAACGGAAUCAAAAGCUGUUGAACAAAAAACGGAAAAAACAGUAAACCCCCAAAAUGAAAACAUUGCUGAUAAAUCGAUUUCUAAUGAGUAUAAAGAAGAGAAUAAACAAAAAAAGGAUGCUAAUAAAUUCGUGAAAGAUGCUUUUAAUCUUUUUAAAAAUAAAGACAAUGAAAAUGAAGAUGAGGAUGAAGAUGUUACUGAUUUAUCAGAGGAUUUGUUUCAAUUUAUUUUGGAGUAA